AUAGAUAUCUUAUCCAAUUGUAUCAAGAACAAGUCUACUGGUCCAGUAGUCCUCAUUACGAUAGCUUGGGGACCUCUUUUCUAUAUCUCUCUCUUUACUCUUCGUCACAAGUUUUCUAUAUAGUUUUCUCUACCUCACAUCUACUUUUUCCAUUGCAUUCCCCAAACUUCAAAUCAUCAGUAGACUUGUUCUUGAUACUCUCUUUACUUCUUUCAGUUUCCAAUACCAAUGGAUAACACCAACCGUCUUCGUCCCCUUCGCAGUCCUAAGCAAACCAAGUUCACUCUACGUUACUCCGAAGAGGUAAGUAGUGUGAAAUGGGAGUUUACAAAUAUGACGGAACAAGAAGAAGAUCUCAUCUUUCGAAUGCACAGACUUGUUGGUGAUAGGUGGGAUUUAAUAGCAGGAAGAGUGGUAGGACGAGAGGCAAAAGACAUAGAGAGAUACUGGAUUAUGAGAAACUGUGAUCAUUGUUCCCACAAACGACGCCGCCGAUUCCACAAACUUUCCCGUUUCUCUAUUUCUCCUCCUUAAUUGUCUGUUAUUAUGGACAAGAAAAGCUUUAUGUUGUUGAUGAGUACGUAGAACAAAACUUCGAUCGAUGUUUAUUCUUCUCAUUAAUGGUUGUUCAAGUUAUUGUCAAUUCUACAAGUUGUGCUACUCAUCUUGUUCAAUUCCAGCUAUACAUUUUGUAAGUUGUAACUCCGUCAAAAUAUUGAUAGGAAAAAAAUAAAGAUUUAGAGUAAACGAA